AUGGUUCGCGAGAAUCAGAAGACGGACAUAAAAGGCAAAAGGUUCUUCGUCGUGGAUGCAAACUCGGCUGCACCUCCAUUGCCGGGUGUCACCUACUAUGGCAUAGAAGCCAACCACGCUGAUAUGUGUAAGUACGAUAGUAUGCAGUCACCGGGGUUCCGUAAUAUCGCCAUUACGUUGCGGGAAUGGGUUGAAAAGGCACCUUUCUUAAUCCAGCAGCGAUGGUUGGUUGAAGAAGACGAGGGUCGGCAUCGGGCUCUAGCAAGAGUGAACGAAAUCAUGAGACGACCGAGUCAGCGCAGUUUACGAGUAUCGCAUGAAGAGAAUGAAAAGCAACUUGCGGGACGAACGUCACGGUUCAUUGAGGACAUGCAAAUGCAAGAAUACAGAGACAGCAGUCUUUCUGAUAUGACGCAGCAUAUUAGAAACAUGAGUGAAGGGUGCAUCAAAGAGACUCUAUCCCCAGGGGCCUCCUCCGUCCCAUCUAUGGAUAUCACUAACGAAAACUGGCACGGCCAACAUCGUGGACUAAUCAGCCAAAGAUCGAGACAUUCUGAGGCAUCUCUAAACACGGGUUUCGGCUAUUGGGCGCAAGAUAUGCCUAUUAACACAAACUCAGCCAAGGACUUUUGUCAUUUACCUGGACAUCCACAAGAUCCCUCAUCCCACCGACGUGCUCUUAAUUCUGACGGAUUUCUCUCCUCUUCGUUGCCUACUAGUCUUGGCAACAGCACUCUCAAGCCUCCGUCAGCCGCUGUUAGAGGCUAUACAUCACAGCCAGCAUCCCGCCAAUCGUCUCCCAGAUCAGAUAUUUCAGUCCCUUACACUCCUGCAUGUCCGUGGCCCGGCCAUGCUCCCUCUACCGUAGCCACAGGGCUGUGGCCGUGGCAUGAAGGUAUAUCUGCCAACAAUGUCCCUUUCGGCCAUCAAGCCUGGCAUUCAAGACAAACAGGGCCAUGGGACUACUGCGACGCUUCUUAUGGGGAUACUGCCUAUUCCCCAAAACAAGAUAUGCCCUCUGAGAGUAAAGAAAUGAUGAGAUCUGGAUCUGAGGAGAUCCAGUUUAACGAAGACCCCGUCGUGUGUGGGCAAUUGGAACAUAGGAAGCCCCAGACUGUGCGUCCCUCCGAAUGUGAGUCACCACCUCCCGAAAAUCAGGGUACCAAGCAGGGGGAGAUGGAAAGUCAGCAUCCUGAUUACAGUCAGUCUUGA